AUGGAGGCUCCAUCGGUGGCGGACCUGGAGCGCCAGGCCGCGAGGAUUGCUGACCCAGGCGUUGACCUCAAAACCAAGCACACACUAGCAUGCGAAAUCCAGAAUAUGCUGGAUACAAUUCGCGAAUCAGACUCUACUCGCGUUCUUCCUCAAAUGAUCCCGGCAGUGCUCGACCUUUUGCGUUCCACCGAAGUUUCGUUUCAAAAGGACAGUAUAGAGCACAACUUUCGGCGCGUACUCCUUGAAAUUGUCUACCGACUACCUAUCAACGAUGUCAUUCGCCCCCACGCCGUGCCUAUCUCCAACUGUAUGCUGAACGUCAUCCGACACGACAAUGAAGAAAAUUCCGUUAAUGCUUGCAAGAUAUUGAUCGACAGUCUCAGAGCGUACCGAAUCCUCAGCGAAGACUUCUUAAACGAGUUCAUGUCGAUAUUCCAGCAAUUCUUCCCCAGAUUCCAGACGCUUGCGCAGCAGUAUCUCUCCGAGGAAUCGAUGCAAGUUGACACGAACUCGCUGAUGCCUGGGUCGAACAGCUUUAAGCUGUUCGCGGAAAUGAGCAUGACAGUGAUGAUGUUCAUUCAACUGCACCGGGUUAUGUGCGCGCCGACUGUGCAAGUAACGAUGCCUUUGGCAUUGGAGGCAGUAAAGAUAGAGGCCCCCGCGCAGAAGAGCACGCGGGAGCAAUACGAAGCAAAUGGUGGGCAUUGGUCUGGGAUGGCGCCCAGUAUCAAGAACUCGCAAGUGUAUUCCGAUUUUGUGACUGCUCAAGUGAAGAUGGUGUCCUACCUGGCGUAUGGAAUGCGUAUGUCUGGAGAACAGUUUGAUUCUUAUGGGCCACCUAUGAUUCUUGCGGCACUGCGAAUAUUACAGGAUUGCCCAGCGCAUGCGAUCAACAUUCGAAAGGAUUUAAUGGUGGUAUUUCGCCACCUGAUGGCCACCCCUCACCGGAGUGCUUUACUGAGCCAGAUCGACAAGUUGCUCGAUGAGAAGGUGCUUCUAGGACCUGCCAUUUCGAGCAGAGAGAUCCUAAGGGUGAAUGUAUACAGUGCCACAGCUGAUCUCUUCCACCAUCUCCGCAGCGAGCUGAGUCUGCCUCAGCUAGAGAAAGUUAUCCACGUCUUCUCGCGGCUUCUUCACAACACAUCUUUCGGCAACAAUCUGCAUACUUUGUUCGCCAAGAUGCUCUUCAACCUCAUUGACGUGAUUGUCACAAAGGAACCAAGUCAAGGCGCGAUCCGCCUUCUGAGUCUUAUGUUCGAAUCAUGUCUUGAGCGACUAGAGGCCCUCGCGGCUAUUCAAGUACAGAUAGGACUAACUCAGGACCGAAAGAAGGAAGGUGCGGAACCGCCUGAUAUCGUGGCAAUCGAGAGAGCGAGACCUAUCGGAGGGUCCAUGCCAUUAGUGGAAAGGCCUGAGGACGCUUUACCUGAGUGCCGUCUAUUCUUUCGGGCGCUCCUGCACGGAUUCCGAGUUUGCCUGUCCGCCCUGCGCAAAUUGGAUGACUCUGCACCUGAUGGAACGCUGAUAUUCCGCUUCUUCGAAAGCUGUGUUCGGUGCAUGUCGUUGAUUGAACCCGACCCUCGCGUCUCAGAGCAGAACGACGCGAUUGACUGGAUAGCGCCCGUGCUCUUGGAGAUUAACAUGCACGUAUUCCAGGAAGUCUGGACGCAGAAGAUCGACUUUUUCUUCCAGUGUGCGCAGAAGCGGAUUGUUUUGCUGAAUAUAUGUCAGUUCCUCCUGAACAGAGAACACACUUCGCCAACGCUUUUGGCGAUUAUCCUGCGGUACCUGAUGGAGAAACUACCGUACCUCGGGGAUUAUGAUGAUUUGACUGCAGCAGCGACCAUACGGUUGUUCAAGAUGGCGUUCGGAGCUGUGGGAGUGCAUGCCGCCUCCAACGAGCCGAUCCUUGCAUCCCACCUGGCGAAGCUGUUGAUGGAUUGCUUCCCUCUGGCCGCGAAAGCGACGAAACCAACUCACUACUUCCACCUUCUUCGCGCCCUAUUCCGAACCAUUGGUGGCGGAGGGGGAAGAUUCGAACUUCUGUUCAAAGAAGUGCUGCCAUUACUCCCGGAGAUGCUUGAAAAUCUCAACCGACAUCUUCUCGCCUCAGACGGCCCAACUCGAGACAUGAUCGUGGAACUCUGCCUCACAGUGCCUCUCCGGCUCACGAACCUGAUACCGUAUCUCUCAUACCUCAUGCGUCCCCUCGCGCUUGCACUCAAAGGAAGUCCCGAGCUCGUCUCUCAGGGGUUGCGUACACUAGAGCUAUGCAUAGAUAAUCUCACCCCAGACUUCCUCGACCCCACACUUAAUAUCGUCCUCCGCGAGCUCAUGGAGGCAUUGCACAGCCACUUGAAGCCACUGCCUGCGAAUCACGGGACCGCGCAUAACACCAUUCGGAUACUUGGCAAACUUGGAGGCAGGAAUAGGCGUUUGCUCCUGAAGGAGCCUUCAUUGAAGACGAGGCACCACUCUGAUUCGGCAAAGGUGGUGGUGACUUUUGGCGGAGAGGCGGGACAGAUGGAUGUCAGCGCAGUUUCGAAGCUCGCGGUGCAGGCGCUGAAGCGCCCCGUCGCGCAUGAUCGCGCGAUGGCUUACGAGUUCAUCGAGAAUUGCUCAAGUAUUCUGUUGCAUGAGGGAAUCAAUGGCAAAAAUGUCCAAGAUACCUACGUCUUGUUAGUGCAGGGUUUGUUCGACGCCAUCCAUAUAUCUGAGCUAGCCAUGCAAUCGGAGCAAUUCGUUCGACGACUCUCACUGAGCAUCUUCGACCUGGAAAUCCGCCAAAAUCAGAAUCGAAGCGCGGCGAGUCGUCACAUACCUAGUGUCGCAUUUUCAGCCUACCUCGAGGCCCUGCCUCACGCCCUUGCCACCGACAACGCCGAGAAAAGUCAAAAGGCUCAAGCCCUUAUCACCCGUAUUGUGAACGAUCUCACCGGCAUGACAGAGGAGCAGAACGUGACCAUGCAAGAUGUUGUCGUCUUGCUGCACCUGAUGGCAGGUCGCUUCGCUGCAAUGUCGUUGGAGGAUUCUUGGAUCAACAAAAACGCCAGCGCUCUGGGGAUCAAGAUAUUGACGGGCGCUCAAUCAUUGGGCAUCAAGUGGCUCAUCGACAGGCAGAUUGAGUUCGUUCGGGCACUUCUACAUAUAUUGAAGGACCUCCCUCCGGAUCUCCCACGCGACUACGAAGAAGUGCUGGACGUCCUUCGCAAUGUGAUCACGAUAUGCAACUCCGGAAUGGACUUCGAAGGCCCGGGUGCCAAGGAUUCGUACACGACCAUCAUUCAACUCGUCAGCUUCUUCAUCCCUUCGUUAUCCAGCUCAAAUACGGUAGUGCGCCAAGCGAGCCAGAUGUGCAUUGAGUUGCUUGCCAAAAUCUGUGGCAAAUCUGUGGCGGACAUCAUGCUUCCUCAUCGAGAACGCAUGCUCAACGGCAUUUACUCGAAGCCCCUCCGUGCACUCCCCUACAGUGUUCAGAUUGGUAUGAUAGAAGCGGUGAGAUACGUCGUGUGCCUGGACCCACCGGUAAUAGAGGUUAACGAUGAGUUCCUUCGCCUACUGCAUGAAGCUCUUGGAUUUGCCGACGCUGAAGAUAAUUCAUUGAUCAACCGGGCCAACCCCAGACAAAGUGCGUUGGAGGUCACGAAAUUGAGGGUGGUCUGCAUCAAACUAUUGACGGCGUCGAUGGGCAUAACGGACUUUUUCGCGCGUCAAACUCAAACUCGACAAAGAGUAACGGGCGUGUAUUUCAAAUCACUUUAUUCGAGCGUCACCGAAAUCAAGGAUGUGGCCCAUGAUGGCCUCCGGGUAGUGUUGUCAUACCAAGCUAGGCUUCCGAAGGAGCUUUUGCAGACUGGCCUUCGACCUAUCUUGAUGAAUCUCGCUGACCAUAAGCGACUGUCAGUGGCUGGCUUAGAGGGCCUUGCUCGACUGCUCGAACUCCUCACGAAUUACUUCAAAGUGGAGAUAGGCAAGAAGCUCUUGGACCAUUUCCGUAAUGUGGCAGACCCGCAGAUGUUGCAAGCAUCAUCCAAACUCCCCCUAGCUGACAACGAGAAUAUUGCGAAGUUAGUUCGCCUUGCGAAUAUCUUCCAUCUCCUUCCACAAACUGCCAAUAUCUUCCUCGAAGACCUGGCCAAUGCCAUCGUGCAGGUCGAGACCCAAAUGCACUUUUACAGUCAAAGUCCCUUUUCCCAACCCCUGGCGAAGUUGCUUGACCGCUUCCCCGUAGAUGGGGUUGAUUUCAUGAUGAAGCACCUACAUUUCCCCCGGCACCUACGGACCAUGCGAAGCAUCAUCCAGGCGAAACUUGCUCCGAAUAUGGAACGUGAACUCGCCUCGCGAACGUCGACUCUGGUUCGCUAUUGCACUCCUGGUGGCGACACUAAGUUCCUAUACCCUGCGCUUUUGACGCUUCAGGACUUGGCGGAAGUACGCCCUGAUUGGAUUGCUGAAAAUGAGCACGUCAUCACGGCUUUGGUCUCCCUGUGGCGAGCCGAUACAUCCAGUAGCGACUCUUCAGUCCUUGUGCCACUCGAGGUCACACAGCGAUACUCCACCAUCUUAGCCAUCUUCUACAAGGCUCUCGAUGCUACCCCUCGGGUUGACCUACUGUUCGAUGUCGUCUCUGUGUUUUCUCGGAACUGGGCGAUGGAUGUUGUGCACGUCAAGCACUUCCUGUAUACUCAUGUUGCAAGCUCCAACGAUCUUGCAUUCCAACGAAACGUAUUCGCUCGCUUCAUGAUAUGGAUGGGUGAUCCUAACCUUCCUUGGUCAGAGAAAGCAGCCUUCAUUCGCUAUGUCAUCAACCCUACUCUUGUUGUGCUAUCCGGCCGGCCAGAAAAGAAGAACGGCCUACUCACCAGUGACUUUGUCAACCGUAUGCAUCACCUCGUCUGGGUCGGGACGCUUUCUCAAGAUAUCGAUGAUUCUGUGAAAAUAGAACUCAUCCACUUCACCACCCUCCUGGUGCAGCACUAUUCAGAGAUGCUCGACGAAGCUCGGAAGGAUAUCAUCAAGUGGGCAUGGCAUCAUAUCUCCACAGACGAUGCUAUUGUCAAGCACACCGCGUACCUUCUCACCGCCCGCUUCUUCGCCGUGGUCCAGACACCGCAGAAAUUUAUCCUUCGCACCUGGUCGGGCCUCCUCCGCCCCCCACACACCGAUGGAAAGACCACGAUACGUGCGGAAGCAUUGGCGGCAUUGGUGCCAUCGCUCCCACAGAUGGAGCCAGGGGAUACCAACUUCCCGCAGUGGGCUUUGACUACUCGUCGUCUGUUGACCGAGGAGGGUACCACUCAGCUUCUAGCCACAUAUCAGCUCAUCAUAAAGCAUCCACAACUUUUCUACCCCGUUCGCGCCCUUUUCGUACCUCACAUUGUCAAUUCCCUCACUAAAUUGGGCUUGUCUCCUGCAUCUUCGUCGGAUUACAGAUCGCUCUCCAUCGAUAUCCUACAGUGUGUAUACGAUUGGGAAACACAAGCUGUUCAAGAAGCAGCAGCCCAAACGGAAAAGAGUAGUGCAGCGAAGACGUGGCACACACCUUUGGGAUUCCGCGAAAACAUCGUUAGCUAUCUGGUGCGCGUAGCCAUGAUCAACGAUCCGACCAAUAAACUAGUGGCGCCUCGAGCAUUGGCUCUACUGGAAAAGAUGGUGCAUCCAAGUGGCUGGAGUGAUGUGACCGUUGGGUUGAGAUAUUUCCUCAGAAGCUUGGAACAGGUAAUGCUCCACCACUCUUUGAUGCGUACAACAUCUCACAUCUACGUCCAGAUAGAGUUGACCGGCGACCCUGCAUUAGCUCAAGCCGUGGCAACUGCCAAGAUCCUUCAAGUUAUUUCGGCCGAGCAGACCGACGCGUGGUACACCGCCAAUGCGAACCUACUCCAAAAGCUCGUUCGAAAGGGGAUGGUUACAGAUGAUUAUAACCUGCAUGACGCGUUACAUCCCGUCUUCGAACGGCUGCUACGACUGUAUCCGUUACCGAAGGAGGACGAAGAGCCACAGCAAGGGGAGAUUGCCGAAUUCCACACAUACGUCCAGACCUCCAUCACUAAUGGACUGCGAGAGACUACCGCAUUGCGUGGAACCCUGUUGAUGCUGAAGUCGGUAGUAACGGUCACUCCGGAGCGGAUUGAGCCAUUCCUCGUGCUGGUGAUGAAGCUACUCAGCAAGUUGGCAAAGGAACAUCUCAACGCCAUGCCGAACGCGACGGGCUACGAAAAUGGUGUCAGGUUGAUGAUCCUCGUUUUUGAUAUCCUCACGACUUCAGUGGCUUUCCUCUCAGAGCAUCGAAGGUGGCUGCUCAGUAGUCUGGUUGCUGUCAUCGAAAAGUCGAAGAGUCUUACUCUUUGUCGAUAUGUUCUUGAUCUCGCAAGGGUCUGGGCAUUCCGUCAACAAGACGCCUACCCAACCAUGAAGGAGAAAGCUAGCCUUCUGCAGCAGAUGACGGCUUUUGAACGUAGAGGCGAAAUCCUGUGCCAUCCGUAUCUUGAGCUCAUACACGAGAUUUACACGGAUCCAAGCAUGCGACGCGGCGACUUGACGACGCGACUGGAACAACCUUUCCUACUUGGUUGCUAUGCUCGGGACCCCGUGCUGCGAGAGAAGUUCAUCGACCUUCUUGACAUGAGUAUACCGCGUUCGUUGCAAAGUCGGUUGACAUAUAUCAUAGGGGUUCAAAACUGGGAGGGAUUGGCCGAGCACAACUGGAUAUACCUUGCCGUCAUCCUUCUUCUUGGGGCAUCUGAUUUGGAAAGCGGGACCUUCGUUGAACGUCGCAGUGCGGUUCCGUCAUCGCCCCUUCUACCCAGGCCCAAAACACAGCAGCUUCUUCGUCCCCUACAACGCCUGUUGUAUCUAGACCACCAAGUUGCUCACGAGACGUGGAUAUCAAUAUUUCCUGCUGCAUGGUCGUGGCUUUCACGGAAAGAGCAAGCAGAUCUAACCCAGCACAUGGUCACCCUACUGAGCAAGGACUACCAUAUUCGACAAUCAGAGUUGCGACCAAACGUUAUCCAGACUCUUUUGACGAGCAUCCACAGCUGUGUUCCACCGAUGACGCUUCCGCCACAUCUGGUAAAAUACCUUGCAAAGACAUACGGGGUAUGGCAUAUAUCCCUGGAGCUGCUUACAGCGUCGCUAGACUACAUCAAAGAGGACGAAGUCACUAUUCGGGAUUACGUAUACGACUCUUUGGCGGAUGUCUACGCAGAGCUAGCCGAAGAAGACCUGUUUUACGGACUUUGGCGGCGUAGAUCUGUCCAUGUCGACACCAACAUCGCGCUGGCAUUCGAACAAAAUGGCAUGUGGGAACAGGCUUCGCUAGCCUAUGAGUCAGCCCAGACAAAAGCUCGCUCUGGUGCUAUUCCAUUCUCCGAAUCGGAAUAUUGCUUGUGGGAGGAUCAUUGGAUGCUGGCGGCAGAGAAGCUGCAGCAUUGGGAGGCCCUAUACGAACUCGCCAAAAGCGAAGCAAAUCACGAACUCGUCCUCGAGAGUGCAUGGCGGACUAAAGACUGGUCCGAGAACCGAGAAGCUAUCGAAGAGGAGGUCAAUCAGCUUCCUGAGGUACCUACUCCCCGUCGUCGUGUCUUCGAGACGUUCAUAGUGCUGCUAAGGCCGCAACCCGUGCCUGAGAAGCAGACUGAAUUCAUGAAGCUCCUAGAAGAUGCCAUGCAACUAUCUCUCCGGAAAUGGGUUGCGCUGCCGUCUUACCUUUCUGCGGCGCAUAUACCGUUGCUACAACAUUUCCAACAGUUUGUCGAACUACAGGAAGCAGUACAGAUCUUCGGCUCUCUAUCUUUCACCAACGCCCAGAACCUAGAAAAGAAGUCGCAAGAGCUGAAGAUGGUUCUCCAAGCAUGGCGUGAACGCCUGCCAAACUUGCACGAUGACAUUAGCGUAUGGAGUGAUCUGGUGGCCUGGAGACAGAAUGUAUUCCAUGCCAUCAACAAAGCAUACUUACCUCUCGUCGCGACCAGCUCAACUCACGGAGGUUCAACAUCGUCCAAUACUUAUGGCUUCCGAGGUUACCACGAGACUGCAUGGAUUGUCAACCGCUUCGCUCAUGUAGCUCGGAAACACGAUCUGUUGGAAGCCUGUUUCACGUUGUUGGGGAAGAUAUAUACCCUCCCAAACAUCGAGAUUACUGAGGCCUUUCUCAAACUUCGUGAAGAGGGUCGAUGCCACUACCAGAAGCCAAAUAAUGCUCAAGCUGGGCUGGAAGUCAUUAACAACACCAAUUUGACCUACUUCAACGCAAGCCAAAAAGCCGAGUUCUACACACUCAAGGGCAUGUUCCACGCACGAUUUGGUCGCAACGAAGAAGCCAAUCAAGCCUUCGGACAAGCUGUACAAUUGGACAUGGGUCAACCUAAAGCCUGGGCUGAGUGGGGGAAAUUCAACGAUAGGAUAUUCAAGGAGCAACCGACUGAGAUGCCUUACGCCGCAAAUGCUGUCAGCUGUUAUCUACAAGCCGCUGGUUCCUAUAAAUCUGGGAAGAGUAGGCCCCUCUUGGCUAGGGUACUUUGGUUACUCAGCAUCGACGAUGCAAAUCUGGGUAUUUCUCGUGCUUUCGACACCUAUAAAGGCGACGCGGCCUAUUGGUAUUGGAUCACAUUGAUUCCCCAACUAUGCUUAUCAAUAUCCCACCGCGAAGUCAAACAAGCAAGGUAUCUGCUGAUCAACAUCGCUAAGUUAUACCCACAGGCGCUCUUCUAUCAACUACGCACGACCAGAGAAGAGUUGGUGCUAAUGAAGAAGGCUGCUGCAGCUAGAGCGGCACAGCAGGCGGGUGCCCUCGCAGGAAAUUCUGCAGCGCAGACACCAAAUGCCGAACCCACCCAACAAAGCGCAUCAACUACCUCUGCGCAAGAUGCUAGUCAAGCAAACGCAGCCACGACCCCUUCAACUUCCUUCGACCCCAUGACCUUCCCAAGCAGACAGGCUUCGGAACACCUUGAAGAGGUCGUUCAAAUCUUGAAAACAGCCUUCCCAUUAUUGAUUCUGAGCAUGGAGACUAUGAUUGAUCAAUUCCACGCCAAGUUCAAGCUAUCUUCGGAGGAAGAGACAUAUCGACACAUUGGACUUUUCCUUGCCGAUGCCAUGCAGAACUAUGUCGUACGCGUGAAUGCUCCGGACGACGAAGGAAAACUCAACCCCCACACUAUAAUGAGCUUAGGUCGAAUGGCCCAAACAUUAGCCCCAGCUGUUCGAACUGAAUUCCACCAAGAUUUCAUCGCUAGUCGUCCGAAUCAUAACGAAUUCAUUCGGAAGCUCCAGCAGUGGCGCGAUCGAUACGAAGCACUCUUGGAUUCGAGGCCUCGCACUCAACCCAUGGAUGUUCUCAGUCACUACUUGGCGGAGUUUCAGUACAACAAGGUUGAUGAAGUCGAGAUUCCUGGCCAGUAUACUGAGGACAAAGACACGAACCAGAACUUUGUCAGAAUACAGAAAUUCGCUUCUAAAGUCGAGAAUGUCAGGACCAGCGGUCAACCUUGGAAACGCUUCACGGUUCAUGGUAGCGACGGCACUAAAACGUCGUUCUUCGUGCAAUUACCAUGCACGAGGCAUUCUCGGCGCGAGGAGAGGGUAAUGCAAAUUCUUCACACCUUGAGUGGAGCGCUUAGUCGCAAGAAAGAGACACGAAAGCGAAACCUCGCCUUCCAUCUCCCAGCCACUAUCUCUUGUAGCCCGAUGCUCAGACUCUAUCAGAUGGACGCUUCUUAUAUCAGUUUGGGUGACAUUUACGACCUUCAUUGUCAAGAAACGGGUAUCGCCAGGGAAGAGCCGGUUUUGGUCUCAGGAGAUAAAACAAAGAAGGUGCUACGCGAAAUGCGAUUAGCCAAUGCGAAGCCCUCCAAGACCGAGUACCUAACCCUCAAAAAGGAAAUCAUCGACGAAAUUCAGCUCAAAAUGGUACCAGAUGAUAUUCUUAGUCGCUAUAUGACUCGCAUCAUGGACUCGCCGAGUGACCUUUGGCAGAUGCGGAAGCAAUUUGCUCUCCAUGUCGCAAGCACCAGUUUCAUGACUUACCUUCUGUGCAUCCCUGGCCGGACUCCUUCCCGCUUCCAAGUCUCUCGUUCUACUGGAUUGAUUGCCAUGACAGAAUUAUCGCCGGGUAUCUCCAAUGCAAGCCCUGUCUUCGCGAACAACGAUGCUGUUCCUUUCCGAUUCACCCCUAACAUACAACAGUUCCUGGGCAUCGUUCAUAUCGAAGGGAUAUUUACAUCUGGCUUGAUGGCUAUGGGACGAUCCCUUACAGAGCCUGAGUUUGAUCUAGAGCAGCAGCUAUGCUUAUUCGGACGUGACGAGGUGACAGCCUGGCUCAUGGCUAGAGGACGACCUUGGACUGUGGAUGCACAGUUCCGCCAAUUAGUCUCCCUCAACAUCGACGGCGUCGUGAAGCGGGCAGAGACUUUGGCGUGCAAAAUUGAGCGCGAGCAGGCGGCCAACAAUCCGUCCAACCCACCGAAUGUCCCUGUCAUUCAGACAAUUACGAAUCUCAUAUCGACCGCCACUAACCCAAUCCAACUUAUGAAGAUGGCUGAGCUCUAUAAUCCCUGGUUCUGA